CUCGCGGCGUAAUGACAAAUUCCUGGGCCCGGCGGUAUUGACUUGGUGUAUAGGCGCUACACACAGAUUCGGGAUGGCCUUUAUGUCUCAUGCAAACACACAGGGGGGUCUUAUUGCUAUCAUACUGCUUCUUAUUGGAGCAGGGGAGAUAGAGAGUAGAGUCUGUAGAGGGAUAGACGAACCCGAGUUUCUACAUGUCUACAACGUUUGGCAAUUCCGGGGUUGUACGAAGAUUGACGGAAGUAUACGAAUUGUUCAAACGACAUUUGAUGGAGACGCAUAUUACAACCGACCCGGUCUCCAUCCCGACGCCUUGUGGGCGUUCUCAGAAGUAAGGGAAAUCACCGGCUUUCUACUCAUACAGGGAAAACACCCCCAUUUUAGCCAUCUUGAUUAUUUUCAAAAUUUGGAAAUUAUUCAAGGAAGAGAACUCUCUCCGACGUUUUCGUCAACAGUCAACAUCAUGGUUACAUCUGUUGAAUCGCUUGGCCUGUCCAGUCUUCGAAACGUGACCAACGGGAACGUGUUGAUUUAUGCUAAUCCCAAUCUCUGCUACGUGAGAUCUGCUAACUUUGAACACAUCGUCCAAAGUGCUGAUCAGAAAAUCAUCGUCAAAUCAAACGCACCUCGUGGUCAAUGUUUUUUGGCCAAGAGGACUUGUAGCCCCAGGUGUGAACGUAGACUGUGCUGGGGGAGAGGGAUCAGUAACUGUGUCGGCGACAUCGAGGAAUCCAACGCACUUAUUGACUUGAUGGAUAAUAACUUCCUGUCUGGAUAAGACGUGAAAGACUGCUUCCGGUUUUCACAGAACCAGAGAGUAUGGAAGUUCUGCGCUCUUUUUUCAGCGUUGCCUCCGUACAAUUCUGGUUGAAAUCAAACCACAUUUUGGUUUCCCCGGACAUUUGCCGUUCGGAACUCAAAUGGAUGUUGUCAGUUGAGUUGUUUUUCGAAGUUUUGCCGACGUUGUGGUGAUUAAUGUAAAACGCAAACAGCCUGCUGAAUGGCCAUUCAAAAAUUCAAUUUUACACCUUGCGUCACAUUUGCUCAACAGUGAAUUAUAUUGGUCGAAAUCUGCUAAUAUGUUAGAUACAUUCCAUUUUUUACAUGUAUCACCGAUACAACUGAUCGUAACCUUGAUGCAGUAUUAUGAUUUAAGUAUUACUUUAUAUUUCAAUUAUUUUAAUUUGUUCUGUGUGUGUUAGAUCUUAACCGAAUAAAUAGUUCUAGGGACAAGGACAAUACAUUACAAAUUAUGAAGCACUUGGCAUUAACGUUAUCGAUUGAGCUGACUCCUUGUAGACAGUUUGCGAUGCAUAAAAAGACUACUUAUUCACAAGAUAAAUUUCUUUUUGCCUUUAUCGCGAUGAAAAAUCGAUCACAAAUGUAAUUUCGUUAACUGACUUCAACGUUCACCUCUUGAACCUGUCACAAUUAAGCCGUUUAAGGUGCAAUAGUGUAUAACAUUUGGUGCAUGGUUCAAUAUUCUCCGAACCAUCAAGGUCAUAUGAAGAGAACGAGGGCUGGUGAGAUAAACAGAUAAAUAUAAAGAAAUAUGGGCAGCAUGCCUAUUUUGGUUUACCCAGAUCCUACAUUUAUCGCUUCUUACGAUUGGUUGAAUUUUUUUAAAUAAUUCAAAUAUGAUGCCAAUUGCAUGCAUCAUAACCCACUUGGUUAUUCUUUAACAGAAGUGUUUAAAGCUUUUCGACAUAUAUGAGCGUUAUGACCUUGAAAAAGAGUCAUGGUCAUCUUUAUGAAAUAAAACGAUAUAACACUGCAAGAUAGCAUACUACUGAUUAAAUCACCUUAGGUCUUUUGACAAAUAAGAAGAAGAUGUUUAAUUAUUUCCAUAUUUGACUCCAGUGACCAAGAAGGUCAUGGCCAUUUAUUUGAGGAAUGUUUAUGUCACUCAUCCACCCACCAACUGAUUAAAUAUUAGCCAGAGACUCUUGGUUAUUCUGAAGUCUUCGUCAUUUGUUUGAUAACAUUAUUAAGCACUGUAUUCAAGUAUGGUACUAGUCAAAUAUCAGUCGUCAUCAUAGGCUUCAUGGUGAUUAAAAGUAAUGUGUUCAAAGGUAUUUGGUACAAUUGAACUUAUUAACUUCAAAGAAAAUAAGGUUGAACAUGGUUUAACGUUUUUUAUGUUUUGUUUUUGUAUUGUUUAACGGCCCAUAGACAAUGUGAGUCAUUUAUGGCCAAAAAUACUGUAAAAAGAGACAUUCAUGAAAAUAAUCACAUCAAACCAAAACUUAAUAGCUUAAUAUUUGUAAAGGAUUAAAGAAAUACAUCAAUAUCGAACAAAUUGGCUGAACAAUAUCAUAUUUUAUUGUAAAGACCAACAGAGUGUAAAUAGUCAAAUAUUAAUUGCACACAGAAACAGUAUCGAAUAAUCUUUUCAUAGACGGUGCAUCAUAAAAUCUGUCACAUAUUUGUUUGAAAUCAGCCUAUUCAAACAUAUAGUGUUUGACUGUGAAUGGUUGAUCGCAUGCAAUAAGGCUGGUCUUCCUUACGCAAAAUGUAGCCAUGUGUGAUGUAGGUAUGGCCUAUGCGCAGUCGCGAGAGGACACAUUCCUCUCUGCGGUCUGCUUUACUUGUUUCACAUGCAUCAUUAAGGAUGUACACCUCUGAGAAGUCAAAAAAAUCCUAUAUAAACUUUUUUUCUUAUAUGGA